CUCCGCCCCCAAAUGCGCGGUGCAUUCUGGGUCCAGCUCAAGAUGGCGGCGCCCUUGCGCAAAUGUUGAGAAACACUCUCGGCUGGAAGUCUGAUUAAAAUUAGCCAGAGUUCUACAGUGUUGAUCCAUCAUUAAAAACAACAGAAAGUGCACGGAAAGAGACCGUCGGAUUAAAGUAUCGCGCUCCUGCCGUGGCUCACGUAGAGUGUGUGUUUGAGGAUGAUGAUGAUGAUGGGCCGCUGCGCCUGACCCAGAACCAAAAGGAGAGCCAUCUCAGAUCGCCCUGCAAACGCCACUUGAUCCAGCGCCUGCAGAUCUUCUACAGGCUGUGGACGCUGCCAUUUAAGCUGCUGACGGGAGUGAUUUGUGUGAUCGUCCGCCGACGCAGCGGAUCUCGAGCUUUGGAGAACUCUGUCGAUAAGAGUAGGCCUACAUGGAGGCUAUCUCAACAUAAGUGUUUGGAGCUUAGUGCAGAAUUGUUUAGUGUCACUAUGAGAACUGCAGUUGAAAUCUGUGAGCCUAUGCAUUUACCAGUUUCCUUAUGAAAAUGGAUGCUGAGCUGCUUCACUCCCCUGUGGUUGGUCUGGCGGAGGAGGAGGAGGUGGACAUGACUGACUGGAACCUUCCACUGGCCUUCAUGAAGAAACGCCACACAGAAAAGAUUGAGGGAUCCAAAGCUUUGGCUCAGAGCUGGAGAAUGAAAGACAGGAUGAAAACAGUGAGUGUGGCUCUAGUUUUAUGUCUCAAUGUUGGCGUGGACCCUCCUGAUGUAGUCAAGACCUCACCCUGCGCCAGACUAGAGUGCUGGAUAGACCCUCUGUCCAUGAGUCCACAGAAAGCCCUGGAGACGAUAGGGUCCAAUCUACAGAAACAGUAUGAGAACUGGCAGCCAAGGGCCCGCUAUAAGCAGAGUUUGGACCCUACAGUUGAUGAGGUGAAGAAGUUGUGUACUUCACUGCGGAGAAAUGCCAAAGAGGAACGUGUUCUCUUUCAUUAUAAUGGCCAUGGGGUGCCCCGACCCACUGUCAAUGGAGAGAUCUGGGUCUUCAACAAGAACUACACACAGUACAUCCCUCUCUCCAUCUAUGACUUACAGACGUGGAUGGGAAGUCCCUCCAUCUUCGUGUAUGACUGCUCUAACGCAGGGAUCAUUGUCAAGUCAUUCAAACAGUUUGCAUUGCAAAGGGAGCAGGAGCUGGAGGUGGCAGCAAUAAACCCUAACCACCCACUGGCUCAGAUGCCCCUGCCUCCCUCCAUGAAGAACUGCAUUCAGCUGGCCGCCUGUGAGGCCAAUGAACUCCUGCCCAUGAACCCUGACCUGCCUGCUGACCUUUUCACAUCCUGUCUCACUACACCAAUCAAAAUCGCCCUACGCUGGUUCUGUAUGCAGAAGAGUGCAAAGCUGGUGCCAGGAGUGACCUUGGACCUGAUUGAGAAGAUCCCCGGCAGGCUGAAUGACAGAAGGACACCAUUAGGGGAGCUGAACUGGAUUUUCACAGCUAUCACUGACACAAUUGCAUGGAAUGUCCUGCCGAGAGAUCUCUUUCAGAAAUUGUUUCGUCAAGAUCUUUUGGUGGCCAGUCUGUUUCGAAAUUUCUUAUUGGCUGAGAGAAUAAUGAGGUCAUAUAACUGUACACCAGUCAGCAGCCCCAGGUUGCCACCCACAUACAUGCACGCUAUGUGGCAAGCGUGGGACCUUGCAGUGGACAUCUGCCUCUCCCAGCUUCCCACCAUCAUCGAGGAGGGCACAGCUUUCAGGCAUAGUCCAUUCUUUGCUGAGCAACUGACAGCCUUUCAAGUGUGGCUGACAAUGGGUGUGGAGAACAGAAACCCACCAGAGCAGCUUCCCAUUGUCCUUCAGGUCCUCUUAAGUCAGGUACACAGACUGAGGGCACUGGAUUUGUUGGGACGAUUUCUGGACCUGGGCCCUUGGGCCGUCAGUUUGGCUCUUUCAGUGGGGAUUUUUCCGUAUGUGUUGAAACUGUUGCAGAGUUCAGCAAGAGAGCUCAGGCCUCUUUUGGUCUUCAUAUGGGCGAAGAUCUUGGCUGUGGAUAGUUCAUGCCAAGCUGAUCUUGUAAAAGACAAUGGACACAAGUACUUCCUGUCGGUGCUGGCUGACCCAUUCAUGCCUGCUGAGCAUCGAACCAUGGCAGUCUUCAUCCUUGCUGUCAUUGUCAACAACUACAACACGGGACAGGAGGCUUGUCUGCAGGGUAACCUGAUUGCGAUCUGUCUGGAGCAGCUCAAUGACCCUCAUCCUCUUCUGAGGCAGUGGGUGGCAAUCUGUUUGGGCCGAAUCUGGCAGAACUUUGAUUCUGCACGCUGGUGUGGAGUUCGAGAUAGUGCCCAUGAGAAGCUCUACAGCCUCCUGUCUGAUCCUAUACCAGAGGUGCGGUGUGCAGCUGUGUUUGCUUUGGGUACAUUUGUGGGGAAUUCUGCUGAGAGAACCGAUCAUUCUACCACCAUUGAUCAUAAUGUGGCCAUGAUGCUAGCACAACUCAUUAAUGAUGGAAGUCCCAUUGUCAGGAAGGAGCUGGUUGUUGCUCUUAGUCACCUAGUGGUGCAGUAUGAGAGUAAUUUCUGUACCGUGGCUCUGCAGUUCAUCGAGGAAGAGAAAAACUAUGCUGUACCCUCACCUGCAAAUUCCACAGAGACAGGAAAUGUUACUCCAAGUAGGGACAGUCCCGCCAUCCCUCGUUUACGUUCAGUGAACUCCUAUACAAAUCUAAGAGCUGCCACCACUGCUCGAACCCUCAAUAAGAGUCUUCAGAAUCUCAAUCUCAACGAAGAGGGUGGUCCGGCAGCAUUCUCUCCAGGGAACCUGAGCACCAGCAGCAGUGCUAGCAGUACUCUGGGCAGUCCCGAUAAUGAUGAAUACCUUCUCUCCUUUGAAACCAUCGACAAGAUGAGGAGAGUCAGCUCAUACUCUUCCUUGAAUUCUCUCAUUGGAGUGUCUUUUAACAGUGUAUAUACUCAGAUUUGGAGGGUGUUACUGCAUCUUGCAGCUGAUCCAUUUCCAGACGUCUCUGAUUUGGCCAUGAAGGUUCUCAACAGCAUCGCAUACAAGGCCACCAUGAAUGCUCGUACACAGAGGAUUCUGGACUCAGGUUCUCUGACCCAGUCAGCACCUGCCAGUCCAACCAGCAAAGGAACACUCAUACAUCAAGCAGGUGCUUCCCACAGAUCCAAACCCUCUUCAUCUCCCUCCAGCGGAUCUCCACCUAUGCCUGGUGCCUCCAGCUCCAGCCUCACCAAUGAAGUGCCCAAACCACCAGUUCGAGAGGGGCUGCCCACUCGGCCACCAUACACACCAACUCUGGGUGGUCAGGCACCCCACUCGCAGCAGUUCCCACGCACCAGGAAGAUGUUUGACAAGGGCCCUGAUCAGACUGCCGAGGAUGGAGAUGAGGCAGCCGCUCACAGGAGCUUCAUCAGUGUGAGUCUGCAGACGGGUCUUUGCGACUGGAGUGCAAAAUACUUUGCUCAGCCCGUCAUGAAGAUUCCAGAAGAGCAUGACUUGGAGAGUCAAGUUCGUAAGGAGAGAGAGUGGAGAUUCUUACGCAAUGCACGAGUACGCAGACAAAGCCAACGCAUCACUCAAAGAGGAGUGACACGGUUAGAUGAUCAGAUCUUCAUCAACAGAAACCCAGGAGUUCCAUCAGUGGUGAAGUUUCAUCCGUUUAACCCCUGCAUCGCUGUAGCUGAUAAAGAUUCAAUCUGUUUUUGGGACUGGGAGAAAGGAGAGAGGUUGGAUUAUUUCUACAAUGGGAACCCACGAUACACACGCAUUACAGCUAUGGAGUACCUUAAUGGGCAUGACUGCUCUCUCCUCCUCACUGCCACUGAUGAUGGAGCUUUGCGAAUUUGGAAGAACUUUGCUGACCAGAGGAAUCCAGAGAUGGUCACAGCGUGGCAGGGGCUGUCCGACAUGCUGCCCACUACACGAGUGUUUGGAAAAAGCUGUCGGAAUUUCCAGUCUUCCUGCAUGACGCGGGACUGUAGAGAUGCCCAUGGGUGCUCUGGUUUGGCCCGACGGGUCUCAAUCUAUCUUGACAGAAGUAAACAGGGAGGUGCAGGUAUGGUGGUGGACUGGGAGCAGGAGACUGGUCUCUUGAUGACGUCAGGUGACGUUAGAGUCAUACGGAUCUGGGACACAGAAAGAGAAAUGAAAGUCCAGGACAUCCCUACAGGAGCAGACAGCUGUGUGACCAGCCUAUCAUGUGAUCCUCAGCGGUCACUGGUAGCUGCAGGUCUUGGAGACGGAUCGGUUCGGGUGUAUGACCGCAGAAUGGGACCUAACGAAUGUCGUGUGAUGACGUAUAGAGAACACGGUGCUUGGGUGGUGAAGGCACAUCUGCAGAAGGAGCCUGAAGGACACAUUAUCAGUGUCAGUGUAAAUGGAGAUGUGCGGUUCUUUGACCCACGAACACCAGAAUCAAUUAACAUCUUGCAGACAGUGAAAGGACUGACGGCUCUGGACAUCCAUCCACAAGCAAACCUGUUCGCUUGUGGCUCUAUGAAUCAGUUUAUAGCUGUGUAUAACUCCAAUGGGGAUGUCAUCAGCAACAUUAAGUACUAUGAUGGUUUCAUGGGGCAGAGAAUUGGAGCCAUCAGCUGCCUGGCCUUCCACCCUUACUGGCCUCAUCUUGCUGUGGGCAGUAAUGACUACUACAUGUCCAUCUACUCAGCAGAGAAGAGACUCAGAUAACAUCAUGAUCUCUCACCUUUGACCCCUGCUGCCCCCCUGGAUGUAAAUGACUUCCUGUAAAUAUGCAACAACCACAAUGAAUGUCUAAAGAAGGCUGCUGAACCCACACAUGAUGACUAUAUUAUAACCAUUAUUAUUAUUAUUAUUCUCAACAUAAUUAUCAUUAUGGAUUUACUGAUUGUAGACUUGGCUAUGCCGGAGGAGUAUGUACUAUUUCAAUUGCAUAUAAAGAUCUAAAAACAAGUCUUUAUUGUUUGGCCAGUCUUGGCCAUGGUUUUUGACUCUUGGAACUGACAACCUCCUGAAGAGUCAGAGAGAUCGACCUGAAGACAAGAGACAAAUGAAAUGACGAACUUCCCUAAGCUUGGUGUUAAAUCCUGACUAUGAAGGCCCAUUGCUCAGUGGGUUCUCUCUCAAACCCUGUGCCUCAUCAUAUCUCUGCUGAAGUACAGUUGGAUGUGCUUUUCUGAAAAAUUCUGUCAAUUUUGCUGUAGAUCCGUAGUUUUUAAGUGUGCAGGCAUGCAUUUCUUGCGUGAAGAAAUAGGCAACAGAUGGGGUGUUCUUACUCGCCAAACGCAACCUCCCUUACAUAUCCAUUCUUAAUAUGUUCACACACAUGCACUAUGCCAAACCAUAUCUGCAUCAAAACACAACACUUUAUUGGACUGCACAUACAAAAAUGUAGUUUUACACCUCAACAUCACAUACUGACUCUAACCUCAAAGCACUGGACAUGGAUAACAGGGCCUGCCGCUCAUUUGCAUCCACACUAAGAACUGUGGAGCCUGGGAGAAACACAAGGGUCUCCCAAAGUUAAGCUCAAAUAAUCAGGAUAAAGAUUUGUAUAGAUUUCAAGACAGAAAUGUAAAGAUAAGUGAGAGUGAGUUUGCCAUCUAUUUUUGCCUGGGCUGUACAAUAACCUCAAGUUUUUAAAGAUGUUUUUGUUUUUUGUUUUUCCACUUCUUGUUUUGCAUUCAUGAGUCAUAUGUAAUGGUUUUUUUUUCUCUCUCUCACUGCACACAUAGCUCACUAUCUGAAAAUUGUGCCAGAGCCUCAGUUUUAGUUAGUUAGAAAUUUCUGUUCUCCAUGCUGCAAAUGCAACAUAACCUACUUUUGCAGCACAAAACCUUUUGUUCUCUUGAGCCAGUGGUCACCAUCGUCAUCAUCUUUCCCCACUCCUGCUCAAAGAAUCAUCUGUAAUAUGGUACACAAAUUCAUUUUAUCUUAAACUCAGAGAUGGUCUCCAUUAAUAUUUUUCCUCAAAUUAAAAAAAAAAAAAAAAGAGUGCAGUUGACAGAGCAGACAAAGGACUAUUUCAUAUUUUAGCCUCUCAUGACGUUGGACCUGAUCUGUUUCCACUUUCACUUUUCCUGUCACUCUAAUAAUGUAUAGUCUCCUGGUUACCUAUACAGUGACACAGCAUUAUGUGGAAUCAGAUACAACUAUCAUGUCUCUUUCAUCGCAGCACUUGUAUACAGUCUCACUAUGUAUUGUGCUGUUGUUAACUUUGAUAAAUUAAUUGUAAUUCUAUGUUUAAGUAAUUAGAGCUUGUGGUUCACAGAGAUUUCAUCUUUGUCCCACAACUGUGCACAGUUCUGAUCUGUUUACACAAGAAUGAAAAUGAAAGUGUUAACUAAAAGCUGAAAGGGAUAGUUCACUGAAAUGUAAACAUUUUAUCAUUUACACACCCGCAUGUCAUUCCAAUCCUGCAUGACCUUUCUUUUGUGGAACACAAACAAGAUAUUUAUCAAAAGCUUUUCUUUCCAUUCAGUGAAAGUGGAUGGGGACCAGGCAAUUCAAAGACAGUAAUUGCCAAGUCAUACAGGUUUAGCAGAACAUGAGGUUAAGUAAAUGAGUCUGUUUUCAUUUUU